GAGAGAGAGAGAGAGGUCAAUCGAAGGAAAGGGUUGUGAAAGUGCGUGAGAUACAUAGAAGGUGGAGAGGGAAGGUUUUCCAAGUGACGAGCGUCGGGUGAAGGUGUUGGAGGGCGGUCAAGGAUCCAGUAGAGUGCGAGAACGGAGUUCCACGAGUUCCAACCGCAAUCGCGACGCUUGAUUUCGUGGCAUUGUCUGGCUCCCUGCACGCGGUCCACGGUGUAUCAAAGGCGAGGCUCGCCCUCGUGUAUACGACGGGGCAACAAAGGAAUACGAUUGGAGGAGGUGUUCCAUGGAAUAACGACGCAACCAAUAUGAUCAAUAUGAAGUUUUUUCGCGUCGUACUGGCCCUUCUAGGAGGUACGCACGUCCUCUGCGCCCAGCCAUCCGCCCCGCCUACCGUGAAAAGUACCGAAGACGUCUUCGUUUUCUUUCCUGAAAAGUGUUUUAUCCGGAAAAAGAGAUGUAUUUUUAUGUCGCUCAGGGGGUCACUAAAGAAGUUCCCGGAGAGGAAAGUUUUCCUGAUAACGAUUCGUCUUUGACGACAGGUGGAUCGAGUUUGGCGAGUGUGGUCGCUGGGAGCAAGCCGACGAGACUUUUGAAUAAACCGGAUUUCGACGACAUCGGCCCACGAAAUGUCACCGCCAUUGUUGGCCAAACAGCGGAAUUGAAUUGCUUCGUGAAACAUCCUGGAGACAGAGUGGUAUCCUGGAUGCGUAAAAGGGAUUUACACAUACUCACGUCGUCCAUCUAUACGUACACGGGGGACGAAAGAUUUUCGGUGAAGCAUCCCGAGGCAUCCGACGAAUGGACGUUGAAGAUCGAUUACGUUCAGCAACGCGACGCCGGGGUUUACGAAUGCCAGGUUAACACCGAGCCCAAAAUGAAUUUAGCCUUCGUUUUGAGAGUGGAAGGGGAACAUCCGGCUGCGAUGCAACACGGAGGAAGUUGCGGCGUCGCGCCCACCAUUUUGUCGGCGACCCUUACUCUGGUGAUCUCGAAACUGCUAAGGUGAGCGGUAUCGUUGUGAAUCGUGCGACUUGGAAGCCACGGGCUGGUCGAGCUCGUUUCGUGAACCGGUGAGACGAUACCCCGGAAGGGAGGAGGGA